UUCCAAAAACACAUACUACAGAAAUAAAAUGAAGUGAAAUGUGUGUGCAUUCUCCCUCUCUGGGUUAGGAUUCUUCUUUUUUCUUGAUUUCCUUUCUUUGGGGGUGAGAUGCCAGCAUGAAAACCCAGCAUGGAAAGCAAGUUGAGGAAGGAAAGAGUUAAUUGCUUUUAAGGCCCUGCAAUAGAGAAUUAUGGUUUAAAAGAUAGAGGCUGGACAGCUGGCUUUGCUGGGGUAUUUUUAAAUGCAUUAAUGCAGGCUCCAAUCACUCGGCCAUGCUUGACCUAUUUUUGGCUCAGGCCGACCAUUGUUCUAUUUCUGUGCCUGUGGGCCAUGCUGUUGUUGAUUCAUAUGCAAAUGGAUUAUCACUAGCUUUAGCCAACUUGAGCUGAGAGAGACUGAGACAGGGAAGGGAGAGCGGCACAGACAGAUAGGAGGACACCCUCUGGAGCCCCUUGCAGGAUGAGGAUCUAUCUCUCCUUGAAACCCUAGAAGUCCAGGGAGCUAGGCGCCAGGUUUAAUUGUUUUCUUUCUUUCUGCCCUUCAUGGGUAGAGUUAAUAUUUUUCUACUUAUUCUCACAAAGAAAUAACCCCUAAGCACAUUCCUGUUGCCCACCUGCUUUUAGUUUCCAGGAUAACCUAAAACUCCAGCAAGCUCCAGCAUCCACUUUGCUCCUUCUGCUUUGCACACAGAUGGAGUGGCCGGACGAGAGCAGCUCUUGGCUCAGCAAAGAAUGCACAGUAUGAUCAGCUCAGUGGAUGUGAAAUCAGAGGUUCCUAUGGGCCUGGAGCCCAUCUCGCCUUUAGACCUAAGGACAGACCUCAGGAUGAUGAUGCCCGUGGUGGAUCCUGUCGUCCGUGAGAAGCAACUGCAGCAAGAGCUGCUUCUUAUCCAACAGCAGCAACAGAUCCAGAAGCAGCUCCUAAUAGCAGAGUUUCAGAAGCAGCAUGAGAAUCUGACACGGCAGCACCAGGCACAGCUUCAGGAGCACAUCAAGUUGCAACAGGAACUUCUAGCCAUAAAACAACAGCAAGAACUCCUAGAAAAGGAGCAGAAACUGGAGCAGCAGAGGCAAGAACAGGAAGUAGAGAGGCAUCGCAGAGAGCAGCAGCUUCCUCCUCUCAGAGGCAAAGAUAGAGGACGAGAAAGGGCAGUGGCAAGUACAGAGGUAAAGCAGAAGCUUCAAGAAUUCCUGUUGAGUAAAUCAGCAACAAAAGACACUCCAACCAAUGGAAAGAAUCAUUCCGUGAGCCGCCAUCCCAAGCUCUGGUACACGGCUGCCCACCACACAUCACUGGAUCAAAGCUCUCCACCUCUUAGUGGAACAUCUCCAUCUUACAAGUACACAUUACCAGGAGCCCAAGAUGCCAAGGAUGAUUUCCCCUUGAGAAAAACUGCCUCAGAGCCCAACUUGAAGGUGCGGUCCAGGUUAAAACAGAAAGUGGCAGAGAGGAGAAGCAGCCCCUUACUCAGGCGGAAGGAUGGAAAUAUUGUCACUUCAUUCAAGAAGCGAGUGUUUGAGGUGACAGAAUCCUCAGUCAGUAGCAGCUCUCCAGGGUCCGGUCCCAGUUCGCCAAACAAUGGGCCCACUGGAAAUGUUACCGAAAAUGAGGCUUCAGUUUUGCCUCCCACACCUCACCCUGAGCAACUGGUUCCACAGCAGCGCCUUCUAAUUCAUGAAGAUUCCAUGAACCUGCUCAGUCUCUACACCUCCCCCUCCCUGCCCAACAUCACUCUGGGACUUCCUGCAGUGCCAUCCCCACUCAAUGCUUCCAAUUCACUCAAAGAAAAGCAGAAGUCUGAGACGCAGAUGCUCAGGCAAGGCGUUCCUCUGCCUGGCCAGUACGGCAGCGGCAUUGCAGCGUCCUCCAGCCACGCUCACGCAGCCAUGGAAGGGAAGCAUGGCAGCAGCCACCAAGCUCUCCUGCAGCACCUGCUGCUGAAGGAACAGAUGCGGCAGCAAAAGCUCCUUGUGGCUGGUGGAGUUCCCUUGCACCCUCAGUCUCCUUUGGCAACAAAAGAAAGAAUUUCACCAGGCAUUAGAGGUACCCACAAAUUACCCCGUCACCGACCCCUGAACCGAACCCAGUCUGCACCUUUGCCUCAGAGCACGCUGGCUCAGCUGGUCAUUCAGCAGCAACACCAGCAGUUCCUGGAGAAGCAGAAACAAUACCAGCAGCAGAUCCACAUGAACAAACUGCUUUCGAAAUCUAUUGAACAACUGAAGCAACCAGGCAGCCACCUGGAAGAAGCAGAGGAGGAGCUGCAGGGGGACCAGUCCAUGGAAGACAGAGCAACCUCUAGCGACAUCAGCACCAGGAGCAGCAGCAGUGCUUGUGUGGAUGACACACUGGGACAAGUUGGGGCUGUGAAGGUCAAAGAGGAACCAGUGGACAGCGAUGAAGAUGCUCAGAUUCAGGAAAUGGAAUGUGGGGAGCAGGCUGCUUUUAUGCAACAGCCUUCUUUGCUGGAGUCCUCACAUGCACACGGACUUUCAGCGCACCAGGCUCGGCUAGCUGGCAUCGAUGGAUUAGAGAAGCAUGGACUCCUCUCCAGGACUCACUCUUCCCCUGCAGCUUCCAUGUUACCUCACCCAAAAGCAGACUGUCCCCAACAGCCUGCCUCUUCCACUGGAAUUGCCUAUGACCCUCUGAUGCUGAAACACCAGUGCAUCUGUGGCAAUUCUACCACCCACCCUGAGCACGCUGGGCGGAUACAGAGCAUCUGGUCACGGCUACAAGAAACUGGGCUGCUAAAUAAAUGUGAGAGAAUUCAAGGUCGAAAAGCCAGCCUGGAGGAAAUACAGCUUGUUCAUUCUGAACAUCACUCACUGUUGUAUGGCACCAGCCCCCUGGACGGGCAGAAGCUGGACUCCAGGACACUCCUAGGUGAUGAUUCGCGAAAGUUCUUUUCCUCAUUGCCUUGUGGUGGACUUGGGGUGGACAGUGACACCGUUUGGAAUGAGCUGCACUCGUCCGGUGCUGCACGCAUGGCUGUUGGCUGUGUCAUUGAGCUGGCUUCCAAAGUGGCCUCAGGAGAGCUGAAGAAUGGGUUUGCUGUUGUGAGGCCCCCCGGCCAUCAUGCUGAAGAAUCUGCAGCCAUGGGGUUCUGCUUUUUUAAUUCAGUUGCAAUUACCGCCAAAUACUUGAGAGACCAACUAAAUAUAAGCAAGAUAUUGAUUGUAGAUCUGGAUGUUCACCAUGGAAACGGUACACAGCAGGCCUUUUAUGCUGACCCCAGCGUCCUGUACAUUUCACUCCAUCGCUAUGAUGAAGGGAACUUUUUCCCCGGCAGCGGAGCCCCGAAUGAGGUUGGAAUAGGCCUGGGAGAAGGCUACAACAUAAACAUUGCCUGGACAGGUGGCCUUGACCCCCCCAUGGGAGAUGCUGAGUACCUCGAAGCCUUCAGGACUGUCGUGAUGCCUGUGGCCAAAGAAUUUGAUCCAGACGUGGUCCUGGUUUCUGCUGGAUUUGAUGCAUUGGAAGGCCACACCCCUCCCCUAGGGGGUUACAAAGUGACAGCAAAAUGCUUUGGUCAUUUGACGAAGCAGCUGAUGACAUUGGCUGACGGACGCGUAGCAUUGGCUCUGGAAGGAGGACAUGAUCUGACAGCCAUCUGUGAUGCGUCUGAAGCCUGCAUAAAUGCUCUUCUAGGAAAUGAGCUGGGCCCUCUUGAGGAAGAUGUCCUCCACCAGACCCCAAACACGAAUGCUGCCGCUUCUUUACAGAGGAUCACUGAAAUCCAAAGCAAGUACUGGAAGUCGAUCAAGAUGGUGGCUUUUACGAGAGGCUGUACUCUGCCUGGUUCUCAACUGCAAGAGGAGUCAGAGACCGUUUCUGCACUAGCCUCUCUGACAGUAGAUGUGGAACAGCCAUUUGCUCAGGAAGAUGGCAGAACGGCUGGUGAGCCCAUGGAAGAGGAACCAGCCCUGUGAAGUGCCAAGUCUCCCCCGAUAUUUCCUGUGUGUGACAUCAUUGUGUAUCCCCCCAACCCCAGCACCCUCAGCCAUGUCUGCUGCCUGGGUGGCACGGAUUGAUGGAACGUAAACACUGGGCACAGAAUUCUGAACAGCAGCUUCGCUUCUUCUUUGGAUGGACUUGAAAGGGCAUUACAGAUUCCUGAAAUGUAACCACUGUGAUUCUAAAGUUACAGUAACCAGGACUGGAAGAAACUGCCUCCAGCAUGCUUUUAUGCUGGUGACCCACUCCAGACACGGUGUGAGCUAGAAAUCUUCAAUACAGUGCUAGGUACUGUCCAUUUCAGAAGCUGUGACAGCCAGUGAAGUUCGAGGCAAAACCUGAGACAUAUUCAUUCCUGACAUUAUGAUCAGUGUUUUAUUGUGUAGUUUACUGUCAAGUAGACUUAAAUUGUUUACAGGGUUUCUUUCCAGCUAUGAGUGGAUGGGAAUUACAGACAGAUUUCUGUGGGUUUGAGGGAUUUUUUCUUUUGUUUUGUUUUGGGUUUUUUUCUUUUUCUUUUUCUUUUUUUUUUUUUGUCUUUGUUCUAACACACUUCCAUCCUUUCUGGUAAGAGUUCAAGAUGGAGCUGGGAUGAGGCUUUGUUCUAGUGGGAAAGAAUCACAAUGUAUCUGACAGUCCAAAGGAACUUGCACACUGUCCCUACAGUGUGCAGUGGGCACCUUAUUGGAAUUUUACAUCUGUUUCAAGUUCUCACAGGAUAGGGACUUGCAGUUUUGUCAGGGAGUGAAGUCUCUCCACCCCCAUGCAACUCCAUCUUGAGGACAGUGGCUCUGGAGGUGCAUCCCUUAGGGGAUGUGCAGCUGUGAAAAGCACAUUACUUCUCAAGGACUGUAGUUUGCUCCCGAUCUAUCUAGCACACCUUUUCUCAACUUUCUUUCUUGGUCCCACUACUUCCUCCUUCUUUUAGAAAAAUUACAAAUCUCCCUGAUACUCAGGGGAUUUUAGUAUUUGAUUUGCAUUAUUUACUUUUCAGAUGCACCCACUUUUCGUUAUCUGAUUCUUCUGUGAAACUAUUUUAGUGCAUAUGGCUUAAGUGAUGCCACCGAGUUUUCCAGAUUUUAGAAAUAUGUCAACAAAGAUGACAAAGAUCUGGAGUCCCUUUGCAUGGGGCUAAGCUAGGAGUCGUGCCUUCCCAUGGAAACUCACACAGCAUUUAACCUUUGCACAGGUAGCCUUUCUAGCAAAGGUUCAAAAUAAAGGACAUUUAUUUCUGAGAUUAAAAACAGCUUACUAAGUAAAAUAUAAGCAAGUUAGCCGCUGCCUCUGAAAACUGUAUUUCAGUGUAUAACUCAAACACCUAAAGACAGUGAGGUAAAAUACCUCACAUAUUUAAUGUCUGACAAUGCUUUUGAACAUUGAUGUUUCUUUUUAUAUAUUUUCCUAACUCAAAGGAUAUAUUGAAGCCAUAAGUGAAGAUUGUCAUGCUUUUAUUCAGAAAUCUGAAAGAGACCUUAAUUAAAACAAGGUUUUAGAGAAGGCCGAGAUAUGAAAGCCAUGGAGCAAUGUGGUUUUAGUUAGUGAGGACUCCAACCUGUAAAUCAAAGAUGAAAGAUCUCACUCACGUAGAAUUACAUAACUCCCCUUUGUUAGACACUCAGACCACAUUUUUCAUGCACUUGGUUUUUUUAGGAUUACCAUUUUAAUUUUAAAGACUUUUAUUAUAUAUACAAAAAUGGCUUGGUACUUGGUUUAACAUUUUAGAAAUUUGAGAUACCCUUUGAAAUAGGAAAUCUGAAAUUGAAUGUAACUCAGUAUUAGGUAAAAAUUACUUUCAUUGCGUAAGGGUUAAGUCAAUCUAGACUCAUAAUUGUAAUAAAUUUCUUUGUAAAUUCCAUUUUCUUGAUGUUUUAGAGAAAUUCAUGCCAAUUAUAUUUGCUAGCUCUUUUUUCUUUUCUUCCUCUCUUUUUUUGUAAUUGAGGAAAUUUACUUAAAGAAAACCAAAGGCUUAAAAGCUUACAAAAGACCUUCUCACUUUAAAAAGGGGGAAAGUUACCAUACUUCAAAAAGCUAUACAAUUGUGAAGCUUUAAAAUCAACUUCAGAGUUACACUUCCCUAUCCUUGAGAAUAUAUAUUAGAUGCUGGCUAAUGAGACAAAACAAGGUCACACAAGUAUAUCAAUUCACUGAUGUUCCUGUGACAACAUGACCUCCUAAGGUGACUUGUCAGUCUGGUGAAGCCGAAUCACAAGGACAUCUCUGCGUAAUUUAGAUUUUUAAAAUACUUAUGAAAGAGUUAAUCAUGCACUUCCUUUCCACCAUGUGACAACACACCUAACUGAUUGCAAUGCAAAUUAUUAGAAUCUCGAGAAAGGCAGAUAAACCCUGGUGGGGAAUGAUUGCAGCUGAACUUAGUCGUUAAGAGCGGAGUGAUACUGCACCUGAUUACAUGCACCCUUAAAGAUGGAGUGUGGCCCCAAAGGGCAGAAAAUAUCAACAUUUCUUCUGGAGCUGACCAGCACUUUUAAACAAGUAGUUCAACUGGUAUAGUUUUCUUCACCCACACAUUUAGUUUUUAUUGUUCCCAAUGGUCCCCAUUGACAGGCUAAUGGAAAAGCAUUAUGGCUCAUGGGUCUCAUUCUGACCCACCCUUUGAAAGAUGACCCCAUGAAUUCCCUCACAGUCUAACAUAACACACACACACACACACACACACACACACAAACACACACACACGUUGAAAUAAAAUACUGAUUUUUGAGAAAUAUAUGAGUAAAAAAUACUGAGUUUAAGUGACAGUAACAAAGAGAAAUGUGAUAAUCACUUUUGUUUUCUAUAUAAUUUCAUGUUUUAUUUUCGACCGAAUGAAGCAACCCUUAUAAGGAAUGAGCAAAUAUGAAUAUUAAUGGAAAUUUAGGGUUUGUUACUACUGACUAGCAAAUGGGGAAAAAUAUUGGAGGAAAAAUAUUUCUAAAUAUUUUAAUCUAGUUGAAAUUAUCCAUACUGGAGAGAGAGCUCAGAUUUUGGAGAUAAUAGAUGUAUUUGUCUGAAAACUCCCACAACUGACAUUUCCAUCUACAGUCCUAGGAACAGAAAUGGUGCCUUCGGUGUCAACUAUGACCCACUAGGCCUUUUUCAUUCAUCUAACUAAAGAUCCAGUAGCCUUGAAAGUGAGCCAUUUCCUCCCACAAAGAUUUCAAAAAAUAUGUGACUAGUGUCUCCCAAUAGUUCAGACCUGUUUUAUUUCUAGAGGUCCAUCAUGAAACUUUGUAAAUUUGCUGGUAUCUUUACGGACUCCCUGUGGGAGUAAAGGAGGAUGGUCCUGAGAGGCAGCUAGAAGAAAACUCCUCUCCAUUUAGCACUUUAAAGCUUUUUUAAAAAAAUUUAAUUCAUUUCUUUAAUUUGUUUUUACUAUUUCUCUCUUCAAAAUUUUUUCUCUAUUUGUUUCAGUGGAUGCUAGUGUUGAAAUCUAACAGCCCAAAAAGAAGCCAAAAUUUUCUCUCGUAAAAAUUAUUCAUUCUGAGCUUGGAAUAGCCAUUCUGUCUAAGUGUGACAUUAUCUUUUUCUAGUCUUAUCUGUCUUAAAAUUCAUUUCCUGCUUUUGGAAAUGAAAUCAUGUGCUUGCUGAGAGAGAGAGAGAGAGAGAGAGAGAGAGAGAGAGAGAGAGAGAGAGAGAGAGAGAGAGGCACGAAUGACCUAUCUGUUGUACUACUUCCAUAAAGAUGCCAUUUUUACCUCCAAAAGAAAUGAAAAACAGAUUAUCUGAGGUAGAGAACAAAGGCUUUCCAUUAUUUGCAGAGCUGGCCAUUGCUGUGGUCAUACUCAACAUCACCCCUUCUGUGUUCCUGUUAUAUAUACCUAAGACCAUAGAAUUUCUGUUCUCCAGACCAGUCACAGUACAUAUACAUACAUAUACAUAUACCACUUACAUAUACAUAUACCACUUACAACAUCUCUACCAGCUCUUGUGAAAUAUAUAAAGGAAUGAGUGUGUCCAUUAUUAAUAAGUAUGUUGGGAGUAACUCCAUCAGACACAUCUUAGACCAUUGAUCUAAGGCUAAUUGGACUUUAUCUUGAUGAUAAGGUAUUAGAGUGGUUAUAAUUUCUGAAACUGUCUUAAGUCUCAAACUAGAACAGUUAGAAAAUACAUAACACACUGUACAGUGCCAGUAUUUCUAACCAAUUAUUUCCUUUCCCUUGACUCGGUCUCCCUUGCUUGCCUGCCAAUACCAAAUUGGCAUAUUUAAACAAUCAGAGUAAUUUUGAGUCCUCUCUACUCUAUGUUUCCUAAGCAGAGGCUACCCUGCAAGUUUCUCUUCUGAGAUCCCACUUGGCUUAUGUGCCUUCAUGCACUUUUUCUAAACCUAGUCUAUAAUCUUGAUUGUGAUUUUUUACUUAUUCCUUAUCUAGAGACACCUGACUUACCUAGCUUUACCCAAAAUGAUACCCAAGCUUGGGUUUAUUCUGUACCCGGAGCUUGCCACUUUCUUUGAUUAAUGCAGCACUUUAUUUUUGUGUCAAAUAUCUUCCACCGUUUUUGCUACUAUCAAUUGAAUGACGUUCGUUGUCACACAGGGAAGAUUGUGCACACUCUCCAUGCCCUUUGGAAGACAUGAGACAAACCGUCAAGUACACAUGACCACCUGAAGUAAAAAUGGCAAAGGAGAACCUAAAAGAUUACAUAUUUCGGCAAUUAAAAAAAAGCCUGACAUAUUAAAUAAGAAAUGGACUCCUUUUAAUUUUCCUGUUUGGUUCUUAAGCACAUUAGGGGCACAUUACGAUCCCACAUGUAUACGGUCAGUUGUCUUCAGGGAUACUGUGGUCAGGUCCUUUGCCCUUUCGAGAAGAUAGCAUUUUAUAACAAUGAUAAAGUUGUUGCAGUCAUGUCUGGAUUGAGCUCUUUAUUGACUAACAUUUAGUAGAAAUAAAAUAACAAAAAUCACAAAAGAAUUGAAAGUUUUAUAAUCUGAAGAGAAUUCUGUGUGUAUGCAAAGUUGUUUUUAGAAAGGAAAAAGUUCUUUAUCGCUUGCUAAGUUGUAAGUUCUCAGACUCUUUUUGGAUGACUCUGUGCAGACCUCCCAGAAGGUGGGUGAGAUGAAAUUGCCCUUUCAGUGAUGGCAGGGUUUAUCAAGUGUGCUGUCAAAAAUUAGUGACCUUUUUGUUGGCAAUCUGUGUCAUUCAAAACAAACAUCCUGAUAUUAUAACUAAAUUGGGCAUUUCAGGCAUAUAUAUAUAUAUAUAUAUAUAUAUAUAUAUAUAUAUAUAUAUAUAUAUAAUUUAUUACUUUUUUGGUUGAAUGCUAGACCAUGAUUAUUGGAGUGAGUGCAGAUACUGUGGACAUUCUGGUUCAUUCCUGUAAUGUGGAUGUGUCUUUUGUAUUGUGGUCUUGUAUCUGUUACUGUAAUAAGAUCAGUUGGUUGUCCUCUGUGACCAAGUACUUUUGCCCUUAAUUUUUUGGCUUUCAUCAAAAUCUGUCACCCAGAACUGCAAAGAAAAGUAUACAUUGCCAAACAUAAAUUUGUUCUGCCAGUGAUGUGUCCCCAGAUGUGCAAGGUAAUUACCUAAUAAAGGUUUUAUAGCUAAUAACAGCACCAUUGUUGAACAUGCUUUCCAAGUGUUCACCUUCUCUCUGCUUCUUAUUCUUUUGGAUUUGGAAACACAGUAUCAUGCCCCAAAGGAUUGUUGAUGUUGUUAGUGUUAAAAAGAAAAAUGAUGCCCUUUUUGUUUGUGUUUUUUACUAAUUAGAUAUUCCUCUAGCCCUAUGUGAAUAAAAGCUAUUUGAAAUAAAUGUGUCCUAAAGUUUCUACAUCCGAUGUGCCUGCCCUUAGACUCUGUAUCACAAAUACAUGACAGAUAUUUUGUGAUAAACAAGUAUAAAUUGUGAGGUAUGACGAUAUACACUAUUCUACUUUCCAAACUGUCGAUAUUUGAGGCCAAAGAGAUGGCCAGAGUUAGGAGCACUGACUGCUCUUGCAGAAAACCAGGGUUCAUUUCCCAAGACCCACGUGGCAGCUCACAACUAUCUGUAACUUGAGUUCCAGGGGAUCUGAUACCCUCUUCCUGCAUUUACAGGCACCUGGCACACACGUGGUAUAUAUCUAUACCUGCAGGUAAUGUGCUCACAAAUAUAAAAUAAAAAUGAAUCUUUUUUAAUUAAAAAACUGGAGACAUUUGCUUGCAAGUAUCUCUUGGAAUGAAAUGAGAAUUAACAACUGAAAAAAAUUACCAAUCAAAACAGAGUUACAAGUUGACUUGUUAGUGCAUGCCUGUAGUCCCAGAACUUUGGAGGUUGAAGCAAGAGGGUCGCCAUAAAUUCAAGGCCAACCUGGCUAUAUAAUGAAUUUCAAGUCACCCUGAGAGAACCUGUCUCAAACAACAACAAGUUACAGUUACUGAUUUGAUUGUAGUUUGCUUGUCAGAAUAAAGAGCAAUAAAACCUGUCAAAUGCACAUUACUCUACAGAAUGUUAUACUACAAUUCUCACACAAGUCUUGUAUCACACGGACUAUUUACAGAUGAGAAUAAAUUUAACACGCUCACUAUCAUUAUAGUCAGUAAGAGAUGCAUACAUCUUUCUAGCUUUAAAUAGUCCGUGUUCUUUCCAAAUGACAUCUACUACCCAUAAAAGAUGAUGUACUAAGCACAUUUCAACUAACAAUCUAUGCCUAACCUUUAGCAUGGACUGUUUGUGCAGCCUCCGCUAAUUGGGGUUUUAUUAAACUCUGGAGUUAAAUGGAACUGGUCAUCAUGGCUAGGUUAGCAUAGUAAGUUACAAAACAGUUAUUUCUUACCAUAUACAACAUCUUACUUUAAUUGAGACAGGAACUCUAAAUUGUCUUUGGAACACAUACUCCAAAUCUUUUGAAAUCUAGUCCAAGACCAACACUUAUUUUUGUAUUUUAAAACCCCCUGCAAUAUUUAACAUUUUAAAAUAUAAAUGUUUCCAAUGGACAAUGGUUUGGGCUCCUUCUGGGAAAAGAUAGGUGUAUUUUGUCUAACAAAAUGUAAACUUGAGUUGGAGUGUGUGAGUAGAGUUGAUUUCAAUGGUAAACACCUUUGUCUUAAUCAGAUUUGUCAAAUGGCAAAUGUUACUUCAUGAUCCUUUGUUUCUUUUAAGUUUCUAUGGUGAAAGAGGCCAACUGAAAAAGUGAAGGGUAAGUGGAAAAGUAAGAUGGAAUGUCCUGUUCACCAGUGAGUGGCUGUAGUUGAAAAGACAAGCUCAAAGCAUGCCUUUCACUGCUCAGCACUUUUGUAUCUGUGUCAUUUAGUGUUGGUGAACACAAAGUGCUUCCAAACAUUGUCAUUCCCCCAUGAAUUGUGAUACCAAUGGGACAAAUUUUUACUGCCCUCCUGGUUGGUCACAAACGAAUCAGUCCAUAUAUAUCUUAGUAAUUAUUUUGAAAAAAGAAAAUUUUUCUGGCAAGUACUUAAGAAUACAGACACAAGAUUCAGGAGAAGAGACCAAGAAAUUUUCUUUUUUGAACUGUAGGAAGCAGAAUUAAAAAGAAGAAAAAAGAUUUAAAGUUCUCAGUAUAUCUAAAAACUAAGAAACCAGAUUGAUCUCCGUAUUGAAAGAGUGUGCAGUAUAAUAGUAAAAUAUAGCAUGAGCCCACUUACGUGUUUCCUUUAAUCAUUUUGUAAAAACUAAUUAGUUUAAAAUUAAAACCCACUGUGUCACACUUUAGCUUUCAUGACGAAAUUUUCCCUUUCCACCAUUUUGUUCCUUAUUUUUUUUGUUGUUUUUUUUUUUUUGUUUUGUUUUGUUUUGUUUUGUUUUUUCGAGACAGGGUUUCUCUGUGUAGCUUUGCGCCUUUCCUGGAACUCACUUGGUAGCCCAGGCUGGCCUCGAACUCACAGAGAUCCGCCUGGCUCUGCCUCCCGAGUGCUGGGAUUAAAGGCGUGCGCCACCACCGCCCGGCUUUUGUUGUUGUUUUAUUCUGGGGGAUGGCGGGAGAGAGAUUGAGAGCAUGGUGUAAAGGACACAAAGAACAGAUAAAAAGAAAGUUAAAAAAAUAAGGUUUAAAAUUUUAAGAUGUGAUCACAGUGAAUCCUUUAGUGACAUAAUAAAAAGUGAAUAUUUUAACAUGGUAACAUUGUAUUUAUGAUUUAUUCCCAAUUGUAGAAUUGUAUAUCCAUGUCAAAUGAGAUCAUUUUUUAAGAAUGCAUAUUUUAGUGCAUUGUGUUUAUUUUUUUUCUUCCUUGCUAUUCAUGUUUUGUCUUGAUUAUUCAUUGCAAAAAUAAAAUAAAAUAGAAGGAGUACUUGA